AUGGCGUCUAAGACAGUCAAGCUCCCAGCGGCCUUGCAGCCGGUUGAGGACCUGCUGCUCUGGCGGGACAUCCCCAAGAGCGCGGCGGCCCUCGGCGUUAUCACGGCGCUGUACCUGCUGCUCGAGUGGAGCGGCAUUCCCCUGCUGACCACCAUUUCCAACGCGGGCCUCGUCGCCAGCCUGGUCGCCCUCGUCUGGGCCGUCGCCUCGCGCCCCCUCGGCUUCCCCGGGCCUGCGGACAAGCUGCCCGCCGUGCUCAAGACGGGCGUGGACGAGGUAGCUGCCAAGCAGCUGGCUGAGAAGCUGCGCGUAAACCUCAACAAGGCCCUCGCCGUGGUGCGGCGCAUAGCGACGGGCGAGGAGCCGCUGCUAACGCUCAAGGCGGCCGCGGCGCUGUUUGUCAUCGGCUGGCUCGGCCGCCUGGCCAGCCCCGUGGGCCUCCUCUUCACCGCCGUGCUGUUGGCGUUCAUCCUGCCCAAGGUGUACGAGCUGCGCAAGGACGACGUCGACGCCGGGCUGGAGACGGCACGCAGCCACGCGGAGCGCCACCUCACCACGGCCAAGUCCAAGGUGGAGGAGGUGGUGUCGCGCUUCACGCCCAGGAAGGGCCCGCCCCCGGCGGCGGCCGACAAGACCGAGUGA